AAUUACAAAAGAUUAAUUUUUUUUUGCAGAACACAUUUUUGCAGAAAACUGACCAUACAAUCACCAUAAACAAUCAAGAGUGUUCCAUAUGACACCGACAACUGGAGGAAAGAUCUCAAAUGGAAAAGCCGAGCAAAGCCAGUGAUGAAACCCAGCUACCAUGAUCAGGUCAGAAAAGUACUGGAGAAAAAACAUGACAAAUAUGUGACAUAAGAUGAUGUAUUUUAAUGUAUUAUAUCAUUGAUUAAUGAUAACUACUGUAAUGUAGUGACGAACUGCAACUGCGACUGUUGUAGAAAAGUACAGUAAACAGUGUUACAGCCUCAGGUGGCUGACAGUGGCUGGGAGCUGUCCAAGGUCCUGAAGUCAACCAGCCUGGACAAAAGAGAAACCCUACUCUUGUGAUUCAUACUGUAGUGCGACAUGAAUAAUUAUGUAUUUUAGAGAAAUGAUUUUGUUGCAUAACUCGGAGUGAGAAUGAUCACAGGAGAAAUCUGUGUGAAUUUUUUAAAUGUGAGUAAAUGUUGUUCAGUACAGAUGUGUUUCUGAAGAUGUCAAACACAGUAAUGACAGAUUAAUGAAUGUAUGGGUGUCAUUCAAUGUUUGUUUGUGUGGGGUUUUUUUUCCAAUUAAAGUCAGUCUUUGUUAAUAAUAACAAACACACUCCUCCCUCCCUCUAAUCUCCAUCCUUCAAACCACUCGUUCUUCUAGUCGCCUUCUGUCUUUCCGUCUUCUUUCUCCUCUUUUCAGCCUCUCUUUCCUCCCAGUUUCUUUAUUCCCGACAAUAACAACAUUUGGCCACGAGUCACCAAGCCCAUUCGUUCCCGUAUAUAAUCACAUGGACCGCUCUGCUCCACUCCACUCCACUCCCCCCUCCCUUUCAGCGGGAAUGGUUUAACCCGCUGAGUGAGGGAGACACAGGGAGCACAAAGGAAGCGCGUUACUGCUCUGCUAGGAGAGGAGGGGGGGGCACUUUACUGGCUGCAUGAUGUAAACAUGGAAUAAAAACCGCAAAGCUGCAUUUCCAUUUCCCGUCGCCGUGGGUCCAUUAUCUGCGUUCAAUAUUGCAUGAGGUGCUGCCUAAUAACAGCGCGUCUUCUGUCUGGACGAGGUGGAAACAGACACAAGUGAGACACUGAAGCGGAGGAGGAGAGCGGAGGAGUUGGGCAUUGUUUCAUUCUCGCUUCAAAGGCUUUCUCUGGAGUUGCUCACCAGCUCUGGACCCAGUCUGGUCCAUUGAGACGAAAUGUUGGCGUUUUCAACCUGACCCAGUGGACAAGUGGGGGGUUUCCUGUCUCCGUUCCAUUUGUUUUGUUUUUUCUUUGUUUUGGGUUUGGACUGCAGUGCGAGGAUGGAAACACAUCCCUGAGGUAAACACAGCCACAUGGGUGAAGCCCACUGAACCGUACGUCCUCCCUUUGAUCCCUCACCCGUUUCCUUUAAUACCGACACCUUUACUGUACGCCAGCAUGACGUCCACCAGCCAGCUGUUUGGUUUGGCCGAGCUGGGACUGAAGUGUGACCAGGAGAUUGAGAGGAAAUAUGAGAUAGUGCCGUCGGUGGUCUGCUCCAUGUGCUGCCUCUUUGGAAUCAUCUACUGCUUCUUCGGCUAUCGAUGCUUUAAGGCCGUGUUGUUCCUCACGGGCCUCAUGUUUGGCUCUGUGGUCAUCUUCAUGCUGUGCUACAAAGAGAGAGUGAUGGACACGCAGCUGAGCGUCGAGGCUUCGGUCGGCAUCGGCCUUGGGAUCGGGACCCUGUGCGGUCUAGUGACCAUGCUGGUUCGUAGCGUGGGACUGUUCAUGGUGGGCCUGCUGCUGGGCCUGUUGGUGGGCGUGGCCUCACUGGUGGUCAUGGAGGAGUUCUACCACCCCAAGACAGUCUGGGUUCCUCUGGGUAUACUCCUCGGUUCCGGGACGUUAUUUGCUGUCCUUACUCUUCAGUGGCAGUGCUGUUUUGUCACUCUCUCUACUGCCACCUUUGGGUCAGCUAUCAUCACUGUCACCGUGGAUUACUUUAUAGAGAUGUUCGCCCUGGUGCAUUACAUCUAUGAGAGACUCAAGGUGGCACCAAAGAAACCAGUGUGCUGGUUUACUUGGGUCAUCAUGGGGGUGUGGCCUGUCCUGGCCAUGCUUGGAGUUCUCAUCCAAUGGAAAGUCACCGCAGAGGGAUUUUCACACACAGAAGUGGUUUUGAGCCGACAGCAGCGGAGGGUUCAGCUCAUGCGCAUCCGGCAGCGUGAGGAGAGACUAAAAAAGGAGCGGGAGACCAAGAAGAAGAAAAAACGCCAGAGCAACAAGCCCAGCCACAAGCCGAAGAGCAUCACUCCUCACCACCAUCAGCAGUACCACCACCCGGCGGUGUCUCACCCACAUCACCAAAGCCAGAGCUCCCAGCCUCCAAAGAUCCCUCCUCCUCAGACUGAGCCCGGGUACCACCGCAAGGCCAACCCCAAGAGACGCUUCGAUGGAGAUGUGCUGUCACCGAGCUACAUCAGGAGUUUCCGGGACAGACAGAGUGACAGACAGGCAUACUCUCACGGCCGAAUGAUGAGCCGAUCCAGGAUGGCAGAACUCGACUAUGACUGCGGUUCACAAGUGCCCCUGACAGCCUCCAGCGGACCCCCUGUUCGCAUUUAAGCCAGGAGAGGGCACAAAUCCUGCUGCGGAAUCCUUCAAGGCUGCUCUGAGACUCUCUGUCACCGCUGGGGGUCGAAAACCUAACCAUACCGUGCCAACCUGUCGAACUGCCUCUCUCAACAUGUGCUGAUAAUGUUCUAAAAGUCGCGUUCAACAUUUCCUCCUCUCAGACAUGCUAAAGACUUUAUAAUUAGUUCACGUUCCUUUUGUUCCGAGUGAAGGUGAAGAAAAGACUGGUUGCUGCUGCUGCUGCUACGCUUUAGCUCACACCUCUCUGACUGGAUUUAUUUUCGGUGCAUUUGGAAAGAAAAUAAUUGGACCUGACUUGCGCGGAACUCACUCAACUGUCUUUGCUGAGGAUUUGAAUCGAGGAGGCUUUAUUUUUCCAAGAGGACAACUGCUUAAAACAGCAUUUUUAUAGGGGCUGUGCCAUUCAAGAUAAAACUGCGUGAGAUGGUCUAAAUGAGUGGGCAAAAGAAAUUGUCGGCUUUAGGGAUUAUUUUGGAGCACGGAGGGGGUAAAAGAUGGUGAAACAGCUUAAAAACUCCCAUCAACAGUGGAACUGAGGGCAGCUCUUCUUCAUUAUUUUCUCUUUUGAAAUGUUGUUUAAAAAAAAAUGUGGUUUUUGAAUUCCACUGGGUAUUUUCACAAACAGCAUGUGUGAAUCCCAAAUUGGCAGCAGAUGUUUCGCCUCAAAAAGUAGAAGCGCUGUUGAUGUGAGACACGUUGAGUUUUUAUGUUUCUUGGAUGUGUUUGGGAUGAAUUUGUCGACGUAUCUGUCUUUUAUUCAAGGACAAUGUGUUUGUCCUUUCGUCAAUUUCCUGGAUGAGCAGAAAAAAAAACCCACUUCCUGUCUAAAGUAAUGUUGGACCCUUUUGUCUUUAUUUCAAUUUAAAUAGUUUAUGUCUGAUGUUGGCGAUAUUGACCUAAAAAGAUUGUUUGUUAAGUCUGCAACUGAUGGCUUGCACCAAAUACUGGCCUGGAAAAUAUACUCACAGUGCUGCACUGUACUGUAUGUAGUACUGCAGAGAAUACGCUAUCAUGCCCACUCCUGACUGCCAACGUCUUUGUCCAGAUAAAUGUGAAUCUUAUAGCUCUAAACAUGUGCUAACGCGAAAGAGGAGUUCCAAUGAAAUCCUCCAAAAUUGCGCCCUCUAAUGUUUACUACUGAACCUUAACCCUUUCAACGGCUACACAUACUCACUUUAAAAGAAACCACAACAAUAAAUGAAGCUCUUUUUUCUCAAGAUUAGAAAACAUUUGUUAUUGUCAUAUUAUCCAUUUUAUGCAGUGGUUCUACAUACAGGAAAUGCUGGCAUUGAUCUGAUUAUGGGAUUUUUCUGUCUUACCUACUGAUGCAUGUGAAUCCCUGCCUAACUGUUUGCAGUGUGUUCCUGUUCCUGGUGUUUCAACCAUUGGUGUCAUGUGGAACAAAAGCACUUUUGAUUUGCAGUUUGAAGCCACAUCGUACAAACAAACUGUGUCACAGUGAAGUGACGGAUGUGAUAAAAACUGAGUUAGGACCAAGAAUGUGAGUACAAUGUGUGUAUUUGGAUGAUCAAUAUAGAUAUAUAUUGGUUUAAUCAAGUAUACGUUGAUUUCAAUUGAACUCAUUACUGCCCCUUCUGGUCUUGAUUCAGUUCUUAUUGUGGCCACAUUACUGACAGAUAUGAACAAAUUUUUAGGGCUGUCAAUUAACACAUUAACUGUGGUAAUUGGUUAAUGAAAUGUAUCAGGUUUUAAUGCAUUUUAACAUAUGGAUGGAACAACGUUUCUCUCAUAGACAAUGUACAUGUUGUCUCUGAAACACUUUGUUUUUGUUUCACCAAAGCACCUCAUGUUUAAAAUACCAACUCAAAGACCAGCAUUCAUUUGUGGAGGCUUCAACAUCAGGUCCGGUAAAGGGCUCUAGAAAUCAUUUUAAAAUGUAAUGUGUGCAGUAAGUAGGACUUUUUUUUUUUAAGCUAGUGUUAUAUGUUCCUCUCAUUUGCCCCUGCAGGGGGCGUUAUAAAUGCAGUUUGAACCCCUUUAUCCUUUAUUUGAGUGCAAUUUACGUCUUUUGUUUAGUCAAAAAUAAAAAAAUAAUAUUGCACUGGCAACUUUAGCACUGACUGCCUGGUGAUCUGAACAGCAGGGCUGAACCGUCUUCAACUUGACAAAGGUAAACCUUUGACUCAUGAUAGGCAUAAAAGUCUCCCCGAGGGCUAGCAUGUGACCUGACCGUGGGUUGUACCUGUAGCUGGAAUCACAUCUGCUACUUUGACAUAUUUGCAAGACAGAUGCCAAAAGAGAAAAUGCAGGUAGAGGGCAAACAAGCUGCAGAUAAGCACAGCAACAUACAACUUCAGUGGCAGAUGAAAAAAAGGGAGAGGAUCAUUUUUCUACAAUUCUUUUUUAAUUCCUACAAUACUCCCCUGUUGUGUUCACGCCGUGUUGCACCACUUGGAGUUUGUAGUACUGAUUGUAAAUGUGUUGUUUGGGUUUUUGCUUACAUUUCACUCCUGUCGUGGUUUUAUCGUAGCGACACACUGGACCCUGGGUGAAAACAAAAUCGUAAUUACUUACAAUGAAUUCUGUGAAAUUGAAAGUUUUUGUUUUUUUUUCCUGUAAAUGCAUAUCAUUACAGAAUGUACAGAUUGUUGGGGUUACUCCUGUGUAGAUAUUCAAUUGUAAAUAGUUUUCAAAUUGACAAAUGUUGGUUUUGGUUUACACCGCCGUCUGGUUGGUUCCUGUUUACAACACUGUUGUUCCCACGUCAUUGAUCCAGCAGUUGAUUUUCUAUUGGAGUAGACAUGUUUUACUGUAUCACUACUGUAUGUCCAGCUUGUUUUCAUAUGAUGAUUUUAUUUUGCUCUCAUUUUGUCGUUAUGUCAGUACGAUCCUCAAUUGGUGAUUACUACAAUCAGCAGUUGAGGAUUUGUUAUUAUUAUAAAUUGAUGUUAUUAUGCAUGAAUUUAUAUGGACCUAAAAUGUUAUAAACAGUGUGGUUCUUCAACCAAUGGGAGCUCUUGUCUUCAAUUUUUUUUUGCUAUUUAUAAGCAGUAAGUAUUAAAGCAACAUAACAAAAAAACAAACCAUGUAAACCUUUGAUGCUACAUAGUAAGCGUCUUGUGACACUUCCCAGUUUCACCAGGUUUGGCUAAUAUUUGUAGUUUUGGACCAUUUUGACUAGU